CUGGCUUGGCUUAUGCAUUCUCUUUUGUGUGCUUUUUUUCCCUAUUUCUCUCAUGCAAUUGUGCUGCGAGGCUUGAAAUUAUCAAGGUAACAACAAGAACCAAACCACUCGCAGGUAGGUUUUAGGUACCUGUCGCGCGUGGCGUACUUGAGAAUUUAGUAGGAAGAAAAUUGGAAAAAUUUUGGCCUCAGUGACACACCUGCACAAGACAGGUCAAUAAUUGAUGCAUGGUAAUUACAAAUCUGACUUGAUUGAAGGAGCGAAAUAGGUAGAAAGUUCGAUGAAUCGACCCCCCGUGUUGUGUAAUCUUGCUUAAUUGAGUUAAUUACUUUCCUUCCUUCAUCGUGUUUUACCUGGUUAAAUUAGAGAGACAGGGCUGCAUAUAGAGAAGAAAGUGUGUUGCAGUAGCUAAAGUGCCAAGGAGUCUCAUCAUGCAUGACACGGGUUUGGUUGGUGUUACUAAACAUACAUCAAAUAAGUUUUGAGUUGCGCAAUGUUCACGUCAUAAGUAGGUAAAGUGCAGGAGGAGAGAAAGUAAAACAAAGGAGUUCAUUUCCUGCUUUCUUCGUCCCUGCUGUUCGCUGCUUUGGUUUUGAAAUACUGGAUGAAAGUGGAAUUUCAGUGAAAGCAUGUGUGAAAGUAUGCUAAUUUGACACCGAUUUGACUUCGAUAUAAAAUAUUAGGUCGCAAUGAAUUUCACCCGACACCAAACUGAGCUGCGAAAAGGUGCAAUUUCCAUGAACAUGUCGUUGCUAAGUUUUAUGCUUAUAAUUUAUGCAUGUAGGUGAAAUACUUUCACACAGGAUUCCAUCACAUGUAAAGAAAAUCAUACUUCCGUUUUAAACUGUGCACUAGCAAACAAAUCAUAAACUAAAAUGAGUCCGAUUAACCUUUCUCCACUAAUAAUUAUGCUGAUAUCUUUCCAACUUCGCUCGUCGCAUGCGUUGAAUUUCACUUCAGACGAAUUGGACAAAAUCAAGGAGAUUGUUGACCUGGAGGUAGCCAGAACGACGUACAACAAAAGCCUCAGCGAGGUUUUCAGACAAACAACGGGUCACAGCCUCGAAACCGUCGUCAUCAUCUGUGUCAUUGUUAUGACCAUUCCGAGCAUUUUGAUCAACGUGCUCUUCUUUGCGGUACAAUGGGCCCUUCAGACUGGAGCCACCGUGGUUUGCUGCUGUUGCAAGUUGGGAGUAAAAGCUGGAACUACGGCAGUUGGUUGUUGCUGUAAAACAAUGUGUCCUUGUCAGAAUGAUCCUCCUUCGGCGACAGAGUCUACCCCACUUCUACAGAGUUCAGUCGAGAAGGAGAAAUGAUUUUUAUGAUACUACUUGAACAAACACU